UGAGGAAAGACUUGGCGCAGUCUUCGUCGUCUCUACGCAGACCAGUGGAAGCCUUUUAAAGCAUCGCAUUCCGUUCUUCGUUCCAUCGCUCAGUUUCUCUCAACUUUCUUACUCAGAUAAUCAAUCUUCCAGUUCAGUAAGCGAAAAGGAGAAGAGAGAAAAGCAUCUUCAAUGGCGGAGCAGAACGGCGAUGCACACGACCUCCGAUCGAUCCUCUGCUCUUCAGACAGAGAUUUUCUGAUUCGGAACAGCGGUCAUCAGGUUAAAGUUGAUGAUUUGAAGGGGAAGAAGAUUGGGAUAUACUUCUCAGCAUCGUGGUGUGGUCCUUGCCAUCGAUUCACCCCAAAUUUAGCAACAGUGUAUAAUGAACUCCUUCCCAAAGGCAACUUUGAAGUUGUAUUUGUGUCUGCUGAUGAGGAUGAGGAAUCUUUUAAGGAAUACUUUGGUAAAAUGCCUUGGACUGCAGUCCCAUUCUCUGAUUCUGUCACUCGUGAACGGCUGGAUGCAUUAUUCACUGUUAGGGGAAUACCCCACCUUGUGAUCCUUGAUGAAAGUGGAAAAGUAACAACUGAAGAUGGCGUUGAUAUUGUCCUUGAGCAUGGGGUGGAAGCUUACCCUUUUACUCUAGAGAGGGUCAAAGAAAUCAAAGAUGCAGAAGAUGCAGCUAAGAGGGAACAAUCUUUGAAAACUGUCCUAGUUUCGACAUCACGUGACUAUGUGAUUGCAGCUGAUGGGAAGAAGGUACCUGUUGAUGCUCUUGAAGGCAAGACUGUGGGCCUAUAUUUCUCAGUGGCUACGUGCGGUGGAAGCUCUGCUUUUACUCCAAAGCUGCGCGAAGUUUAUCAGGAAUUAAAAGAAAAGAAUGCAAACUUUGAGAUUGUGAUGAUACCCCUUGAUGAUGAUGAGGAAUCUUUCAAGGAAGCUUUUAAAAGCUUGCCUUGGUUUUCUGUUCCUUUUGGAGACAGAAGCUGUGAGAAGCUCGUGCGGUACUUUGAGCUCUGUUCACUGCCUACCCUAGUCAUCAUUGGGCCAGAUGGGAAGACUCUUCAGUCUAACGUUGCUGAAGCCAUAGAAGAGCAUGGUGCCCUGGUCUAUCCUUUUACUCCUGAGAAGUUUGCUGAGGUUGAAGAGAUAGAGAAGGCUAAGAAAGAAAAACAGACGCUAGAGUCAAUUUUGGUUAAAGGAGAAGUUGAUUUUGUCAUUGGUAAAGAUGGAGUGAAGAUCCCAGUAUCAGAUCUUGUUGGAAAAAAUAUACUCCUAUACUUCUCUGCUCAUUGGUGUCCUCCUUGCCGUGCUUUUCUACCAAAACUCAUUGAGGCAUACCACAAUAUCAAAGCAAAGGAUGAUGCAUUUGAAGUGAUUUUCAUCUCCAGUGACAGAGAUCAGUCCUCCUUUGAUGAAUUCUUUUCUAAGAUGCCAUGGCUGGCUAUUCCUUAUGGCGAUGAUAGGAAGGGAUCUUUGAGUCGCCUAUUCAAAGUUCGUGGAAUCCCAAUGUUAGUUGCCAUUGGAAGAACAGGCCGAACUCUCACCACUGAAGCUAGAAAUUUGGUGAUGAGUCAUGGUGCUGAUGCUUAUCCCUUCACGGAAGAGCGUUUGAAGGAGCUUGAAGCUGAAUAUGAAGAGAUGGCAAAGGGGUGGCCUGAGAAAAUGAAUCAUGCCCUUCAUGAAGAACAUGAGCUUUUGCUUACAAGACGCCAGCAUUAUACUUGUGAUGGAUGCAAUGAAGGGGGACAAGGUUGGUCAUUCUAUUGUGAUGAUUGUGACUUUGACCUCCACCCAAAAUGUGCUUUGGAAGAAAAAAAGGAAGAGCCCACAGAAGAGGAGAGCCAGAAAGAUGAUGAGAAAACAAAGGAGGGCUGGGUUUGUGAUGGUGAAGUUUGUAAGAAAGCUUAAGAAGUUUUUCGAGGUCUGUGGAUUGUUAUUAUUGCCAUAUUGCAUAUGCUGAGCUGUUUAAUUCUUAUAUCCAUCAUAUACUCAUAUUUAUUACGGAGUACUAGGUUAAUGCUGUAUCAACCCUUACUUUGUGUGAUGUAUCCCCAAUAAAACUGGUUUUCUGAUAGUUU